AUACCUACACGCUUGGAUAGGAGCGAGGUCCCACUCACCGCCGUCUCUCCGCCCCGCUCCUCCCGCCCUCCUUCGUUGGAUUGCACUGCGGAGCUUUGGCUCGUCGGAACCCAACCAUCACCACAACCACAACCACCACUGCCGCCGCCAUCCAUUUCCCACGCCAUGGCCGAUCGAGACCUCACCCCGGCUUCGAAGAUCCCGCCCCAAGCCGUGCCCAACGCGCAGCCAUCCCCGUCACCACGCUCCCCGCCCGCACCGCUCAACAUGUCGGGCAGCUCGCACUCGAGCAACCACCGCUCCAGCUUCGCCGAGAACAUGCGCGGCAUGCCCGUCUCCCCGCGUGCUUCCAGACAGCCCUCUCUCUCCCAGCAGGCCCUCCAGGACCUGCUCAACAACCCACCCACGCUCAAGGCCGCCGAGCCCAAGUUUGCGGGAAGGGAUUGGCGCACGCUCAAAGUUGGAGAGAUUGUCAGAGAGGACCAAAAUGGCGGGCAUGUGCGCUUUGUGCAGUAUGAUACCAGUGUGGAGGAGGCUACCAAUCUCCUUGUUCAAUCUGGUUCACCAAACGUCGUGCUACUCCGCGAGGACGAAAACUCGAGCACCGCCACGGGAACGUUUGACUACUCGGAUCUGAACGCAUAUCUUCUCCUCGUCGUUGGGCUUGCCCACCCUGAUGAAGCAGAUGUGGCUUCCUUUGACGAGCUGGCCAAAAAAGGCCGCGAAGGCAAGCCGAUUCCCCUCAAAGAUGUCAAGGAUCUGGGCAAAAAGGAGCCACUCAUCACACUCCCUGCGUCUGCGGAUCUGACAAAGGUCAUGGAGGUAUUUGGCAGCGGAGUGCACAGGGUGUUGGUUGCUGAAGAGGGGACCACUGAUGUUAUAGGCGUGCUCACCCAAUUGAGACUCGUAAGGUUCUUUUGGGAAAACAGGCAGAGUUUCCCUGCUGUGGAUCAGCUGUAUCCCCAGCUGAUCAAGGAUCUGAACCUAGGGAGCCACGCAGUGUUGGCUAUCAAUGGAGACAAGCCCCUGGCUACUGCUCUUGAACUCAUGCACAAUGAGGGAGUAACAUCUCUUCCCGUUUUGGAUGCUCAGAACAACGUCAUUGGCAACAUAUCUCAUGUAGAUGUCCGACUCCUCACCAAAUCCACGUCUCUCCCCCUCCUUCGCUCCUCAUGCAUCCAUUUCAUUUCCGUCAUCCUCUCUGAACGCGGCGUAAACGACGGUCAAGACUCGUUCCCCGUUUUCCACAUCACACCAUUCUCGACCCUCGCCCACACUGUGGCCAAGUUGGUCGCAACGCGCUCGCACCGAAUGUGGGUCGUCGACUCGGCAUCAUCCCCCGCGUCCUCGGGUCCUCCCACCCCAGCCGCCACUCCUGCAGUCUUCAUGCCACAGUCCCCUUCCGCUCCCACUUCCACUUCCACUACUACCACCACCUCUUCCUCUACCUCAUCCCUCCCCAUUCCCGUGACCCCUUCCGUCCCCCCCGUGGCUAUCAACUCGCCCACACCUACCCACCUCAACUCAAGCGCCGUCGCCCCCGCCAUCUCCGCAUCUGCCAUUCCUGUGCAGGGCGGUAGCAUGUCCGGCCGUCUCUCCGGCGUCAUCAGCCUCACGGAUAUCCUGAAUCUGUUUGCGCGCGCGAGUGGGUUGCACCCGCAUGAUCCCGAUGAGGCACGUCGUGCGAGGAGGAGGAGCAGCAGUUCCAGCAUGCGGAGGAGCAUGGACAGUUCGCGCAGCGAGAGUAUGGGCAGAAGUGGGGUUGCGCUUUUGGGUGGCGGCGGCGGUAGGAGGAGCAGUGUGAGUGAGAGGGAAAGGGAGAGGAACCCAUCGGUUGGCGGUGCGGCGCCGACGGGGCUGGGAAUCACGAGAGAGAGGGGACGAGAGUAAUAUUCCUUUCUUGGUCUCACUUUUGGAUGCAUAGAAUUCAUUGGCUUCUUGGGGGGGAAGCUUGAUGAGGGUUGUUGUCGUGUUGAUUUCUGGGUUUGAGCGUGUUUCCUUUUUUCUCUUCCUUGUCCAUUUGUAAAGUGUACCCC